AUGGAAUCCGCCAUACGCUCCCCCUUACCCUAUGGCAAUGCGUGUGCCACCUGUGCUCGUGCCAAGUGUCGAUGCGUACCCCGGAGUGCGGGCGGCCGCUGUGAAAGAUGCCACCGUCUCAACAAAGAAUGUCGCAUCCCCGAGGGUCGUCGUAAGACGCGCCCUCUGUCCAAGACGGUCCAGCUGGAACGGAAAAUGGAUGGGCUGAUGAUGCUGCUGACCUCCUCCGGUGCCGCCGACCCUCACCCAGAGCCUGAGGCCGAAACAUCCUCCCCCGAACGCGAAGACCUCGUCGACACGCCAGCAGAGGAAGAAGAGGCUCUGCAUGCCUUCCGUAUACAUCGACUGCAAUUCCUCCCCUUGAUACACAUCCCCGCCACAGCUACUGCGCAAGACCUGAAACACCAGUCCCCGUUCCUGUGGCGGUGUAUCACUGCGGUGGAGAGCAAGCAUGCCGCCCGGCAAGCCGCCUUGUGUGUCACCAUCCGCGAGCUGGCGGGCAAACGCCUGUUGGUCGACUGCGAUAAGUCCCUGGACUUGUUGCAGGGGGUCCUGGUCUAUCUCGCCUGGGUCACGUUCCACAGCCAGCCGCAAAAGUCAUCGCUAUGCAUCUAUGCCCAGAUGGCGAUCGGCCUGGUCUUUGAGCUGGGACUCAACAAGCCCGCGCCGCCAGACCUGAGCAUGACCGUCUCCAACAGCAAUGCCGUGGGCCACAUGCCGGGGCUGAAAGCGUCCAUCUCGACGCGCCGCACGAUGAACGAACGCCGCGCAGUCUUGAGCUGCUUUGUGCUGACUUCCAUGAUCGCGCAGUUUCUCGGGCGAAUGGACCCGCUGCGAUGGACGCCGCACAUGAACGAGUGUCUCGAGAUCCUCGCGCAAAGCGACGAAUCGCCCGGUGACGGCGUCCUGGUGCAGAUCACGCGCACGCGACUCCUCGCAGACCAGAUCCUGCAGGGGCCCUGGAGUGAGGGCGUAUACGGCCUGCAUCCGACCCAGGCGCUCGCCGCCUUCCAUCUCAAGGCAUUCGAGUCGCGGCUGGAGACGAUCAAAGUCGAGAUGCCCAUUCCCCUGGCCGACAACAAACCCAUCCUAUUCCAUCUCUACGACACCGAAAUCAGCCUCUACGAGGUCGCCCUCGUCAAGCCCCCGCCCGACGAGGAGAUGAGCAGCCAGCGACUCGGCCAUCUGUACGCCUGCCUGCACGUGGUCAAGCAGUUCUUCGACCUCUUCUUCACCAUCGCUCCGGCGGAAUACACCUCCCUGGCGCUGCCCUAUCUCACCCAGGUGUCGCACUGCCUGGUGACCCUCUUCCGGCUCUCGACCCUGGACUACCCGGGCUGGGACAAGGCGGCGGUGAAAGGCACGGUGGACCUCUUGGUGGUCGCGGAGCAGAUCGCCACGCGCAUGAGCCAGGUGGCCGCGGCGGUCGGGAUGCGCAGCGACGGGGCGCUCGGCGAUCCGUUCAGCAAGCUGGGGAUGAUGAUGCAGAAGCUGCGGAGCGAGUGGGCGGUGCGGCUGCCCGAGUGUCCCGGGGUGGUGGUCGAUCGCGGUGGUGGGGGUGGGGAGGGGUUUGCGUCGAGCAUGGAGAUGGGCGAUCUGGAUAGUUUCCUGAGCUGGUCGGAGAUGGCGUGGUUGACCGAGGGGAACGGGGCGGGCGGGUUUUCUUCUUGGUCGUAG